AUGCCUAGCACAUCGCGAGAACCCAAACGUGGACUACGAGGUGCUCCUCAGAGAACUGCGAGCCUGUGCCAAACGUGCUUUGAUUCCGCCCAUGACAAAGUAGUAUCGAAUUUCGAAGACCACCAAGGAAUUGUUGGAAAGAAGAGGGACUUUGAGGAAAGCGUUGCAGGAGGAUCUUUCGAAAAACAAGCAGAAGAUACUGGAAGCAGCAAAAAGAAGAACGAGUCUGAAGAAGUGCCGCAGGGACCUCCGCGAUUAUAA